AGCUGCAAUGCCUACGACUCGAUGAGAAGCGGAAGCGCCAAUAACAAAUGGCUCCGUCCGAGAACCCCGGCUACGAUGCGAAUAACCCGUCUGGCAGCCAUUCAAUACCCCUCCAAGAUCUCUCAAGGCCUCCAGACACGGUGAUCGCAGAUGGCGCAGGGCGUCGGGCAAGAAGGGCUACGGUUGAAGAUGCGCUGCCGGAGAGACAGACGUCGGUUAGAGGUAUACGUUCUAUAGGUAGAACACUUUCGCGACGAUAUGAGCGGAUUGCAGAGAACUCGCCGACAGGGGGAGACAGGAGAACAGGAGAUUAUGAUAACUUCGAGUCCGUCAGCUUAUCCCAGGAUACUAGCCCUACGACCUUUGAUCACGCGUCGUUUCACCAGAGUACGGUUGGACUGAGCUUCGGGCCCCAGCAGUCUAGACAUUCGGGCUCAUCUACACCUUUUGAGAACAACCGCAGAAGAAGUGAUGAUAACGGCUAUUUUGGUAUCUCUGAGGAUACGUUAGCCCGGGAUGGAUCAGGAUCAUAUGAUAGAGAGAACGAUGCCCUGCCUCUCACGGACUCACGCUACCUACAGCCCAUCAGCGGUGCCCCUGUUCCAGACGCGAGUCAGAUCAAACGGAAUUCCAAUGGAGGCCGUAGUGUUCACUUUGCCGGAAACGCUUCGGGUGGCGGGUCUCAUCUGGGUGACGAUCUGGAGGAUGGUUUGCGGACUGGACGAAGCAGUGUACGGAAUUCACACCGGUCUGCCACUGGACGACUAUCAGCCUCUCCCUCUCCUUCGUCAGCCCUGUCGAGGGCAAGCUCUAUGAUGAGGAUGGUGUCUCAGCGUGUCGUCAAUCUAAGUAACGAGCCCGAAGUUAUCGAGAGUGUGAUGAGACAAAAAUCUGUUCUCAAACAGGCGCGAAUGGAUGAACCCCCUUCGUUACCUGCCAUGAUGGAAUAUGCUCACGACGUCGCCUCCUCAGAGACCUUAAACGAGGCAGGGCCCGAGAAAAGGCCUCCGAGACCCAAGCGGAAACCGAUGCAUCCAUCUCUAAGUCCAUUAAGGGGCAAAUCGUUAGGAAUAUUCUCCGCAGACAACGCAGUUAGGAGGUGGCUGUGUGAAGUACUCGUCCAUCCAGCUACGGAACCGAUAAUCCUGAUUCUUAUUGUCGUCCAGACGAUCCUAUUAGCAAUUGAAUCUUCUGUUCAUACUGGCCGCAGAGGAAGUUGGUCUUCACCUGUGGUUGACAUCCUCUUUCUAGCAAUCUUCAUCAUAUAUACCCUGGAACUGAUUGCCAGGACCAUCGUUUCUGGCUUCAUACUCAACCCUGAGGAAUACAGUACUCUCGACCGGUCCGCUGGAUUUCGAAAUGCUGUAAUGAUAAAAACAAGAGAAUUGUUCUCAUUGCAACGGCAACCAUCUACGAAGAAGCCUGCAGACCUGCAGCAGAUGUCCAUUAUAAGGUCUUUCACAACGAUGCAACAACAAGCAGAUGAAAUUGGCGAUAGUAGACAGCAGCAGCGUAUUCGACUUGCUCGCCGUGCUUUUCUACGGCAUUCUUUCAAUAGGCUGGACUUCCUCGCUGUUGUAUCAUACUGGAUUGCGUUCGCUUUAUCCGUCUUAUCCAUUGACUCUAACCAGCAUAUUUUCAUCUUUAAAAUGUUGAGCAGUCUCCGAAUCCUCCGCCUUCUUGCACUGACAAGCGGUACAACUGUUAUUCUUCGCAGUUUAAAGAAAGCAGCGCCUCUUCUAGUUAAUGUUGCCUUUUUUAUAGGUUUCUUCUGGCUUCUGUUUGCAAUCAUCGGUGUCCAGAGUUUCAAAGCUAGCCUUCGACGAACCUGUGUCUGGGUGGAUCCUUUAGGCGUGAGCAAUUUCACCUUAAACCAGGCACCAGGUAAAAUUCAGUUCUGUGGAGGCCACCUAGACAAUGCCACUGGCAUAGCUAAGCCCUGGAUACAUGCCAAUGGUCUGAAUGGGACAACAAGCCCAAAAGGGCACUUAUGCCCCCAGGGCUCUCUCUGCAUUGAGGGUACAAGUCCAUAUGAAGGCACUAUGAGUUUUGACGAUGUGCUACACUCCCUUGAGCUUGUCUUCGUUUUGAUGAGCUCAAAUACAUUUUCCGACCUUCUAUACUAUACCACGGACAGCGACUAUCUUGCCGCCUCCCUCUUCUUCAUCACUGGCUUCAUUUUCCUCAGUUUAUGGCUUGUCAACUUGCUAGUUGCUGUCAUCACAUCAUCUUUCCAAGUUAUUCGAGAGGAAAGCAAACGGAGCGCAUUUACCACUGAUAGAAUCGACGAAGUCGGGCCUGAGGAUACGUCUUUUCGUCGAGACCUCAUCGACAGUACUGAGUCUGCCGUCACCGUCAUCCUCUUCAUCGAAAUUUGUUUUCGUAUCGGAGUCGAUUGGAGGAAUUUCUUCAAGUCCCGACAGAACUGGGCCGAUCUUAUCCUCGCUGUGGUCACAAUGGUGAUGCAAAUACCCCCCAUUCGUUCCUCGGGAGAUGUCUACGCGGCAUUAUCUAUCUUUCAAGUACUCCGGGUGUAUCGUAUAGUUCUUGCGUUCUCGUUGACGAGAACCCUUAUCAUGACCGUCUUCAGCAACAUCGUCGGUCUAUUUAACCUGAUUAUCUUCGUGUUCCUGAUCACUUUUUUAACAUCCAUAUUUGCCGUCCAACUGUUCCGUGACCAGAUACCUGCCAUGUCCCCGGAAGGUGAUGUUACUCGGACUACUUUCUCUAAUAUAUAUAACUCGUUUUUGGGGAUGUAUCAGAUCCUGUCCAGUGAAAAUUGGACAUCUAUUUUAUACUCAGCAACAGAAGCUAAUAACUCCAAGGGCACUGCCUGGAUUUCAGCUGCCUUUUUUGUCAUGUGGUUUGUGUUAGCUAACUUCGUUGUGUUGAAUAUGUUCAUUGCUGUCAUCCAGGAAAGUUUUGAUAUCUCUGAGGAUGAAAAACGGCUCUACCAGGUUAGAGCAUUCUUGCAGCAGAAACAACUAAGCGAAUCCUCCCACGGAAAUCUCGCAUUGUCCAGCAUUUUCAAGCUUGGUCGUGACCGUGGAAGAUACAGAGAUCCCCUUGACCAUGGCCCUGCAGCACUCGAGAUGCUUUUGAAAGAAGCCGUAGUCCAGGACUUCUUGGAUGAAACUUCACCACUGAGACCCAUGGAAACCCAUCCGCCAGAGAAUCCACCAGAGCAACAGCAAGUUCGGCCUGGGUUCUUUUCCCGCAUAUUUACUAAGUUAACAGAGCGAGUAUUGAAUAGGGAGCCUAACCCCUUUUAUUCAAAACUUAAGUUCUCUAGAGAUCAUGAUGAACUUGACCCUGCAGCAAUGGCGAAGGAAGUUCUUUCUGCUGCAGAGCAAAGGAAACGUGCCCAACGACAAUAUCUCCAGAGAUACCCUAGGUACAAUGUCUCUCUUUACAUUUUUACGCCCUCUAACCCUAUCCGUCGUCUUUGCCAACGGAUGGUAGGACCAGGCCGUGGGAAUUCGCGUAUUGAAGGAGUGGACCCAUAUAAGCCAGUGUGGUAUCUCUUUUCUGCAUUCAUUUACGCAGCCAUUGUUACUAUGGUGUUGAUCGCUUGUAUAUGCACCCCCUUAUAUCAGCGCACCUACUUUGAGACCCAUAACCCCGGUAUCCAUAAUUGGUUUGUAUGGACGGACUUAUGGUUUGCUAUCCUUUUCAGUGUUGAGGCUGUUAUUAAGGUGAUCGCAGAUGGUUUCUUCUGGACUCCUAAUGCCUACUUCCGUGGAUCAUGGGGGUUCAUUGAUGGCAUUGUGCUUAUAACCUUGUGGGUAAAUGUCGUUGCGGCCUUGUACAAAACGGGCGAUGUGUCCCGAGUUGUGGGUGCUUUUAGGGCACUCAGAGCAUUGAGGCUGUUAAACGUCAGUGAUAGCGCAAGAGAAACAUUCCAUGCAGUGAUAGUAAUGGGAGGGUGGAAGGUUAUCUCGGCUGCAUUCGUUUCGAUGAGUUUCCUUAUUCCGUUCGCCAUUUACGGUUUGAAUCUUUUUAAUGGUCAAAUGAAGCAAUGCAACGACAAUAAUUUCGGAUAUGUUUCCCUCUCGCAUUGUGUUGGCGAAUAUAAAAGCUCUCCAUAUCAAUGGGAGGUGCUGGCGCCUCGAGCAGUCCACAAUCCAUUCUACAGUUUUGACAACUUUGGAAGCUCUCUCUUCAUCCUCUUUCAGAUUGUAUCUCAGGAAGGGUGGACUGACGUACUGUGGAAUGCAAUGAGCAUCACAGGUGUUGACAAACAGCCACAGCCCUUUUCAUCUCAAGCAAACGCCCUAUUCUUUCUGGUAUUCAACCUUCUCGGCGCAGUCUUUGUCCUGACCUUGUUCGUUUCUGUUUUCAUGCGGAAUUAUACGGAACAAACGGGCGUGGCCUUCUUAACGGCAGAACAACGAUCGUGGCUAGAACUGCGCAAGCUUCUGAAACAGAUAUCUCCUUCCAAGCGGUCUGUCAAUAAGGAUAACCACAAAUUCAAGUCCUGGUGCUAUCGCGUGGCUGUAAAAAAGCAUGGCAAAUGGGCCAGGUUCAUCACUGCUUUACUGCUCAUCCACCUCGUUCUCCUGGUCCUCGAGUUUUACCCGGAAGUUGCAUGGUGGGAGCGGACACGAGACGCACUUUUUCUCUUCCUCACUCUCUUCUACAUUGCAAAUGUUGUCGUCCGUCUUGUCGGCCUAACCUGGCCUCGAUUCCGACGCAGCUCAUGGGAUUUAUACUCCAUCGUAUCAGUAUCGGGAACCUUUAUCACGACCCUUCUUGCCCUGAUCAACGACAAGAGCAUAGUCUUCGCCCAACUUCACAAACUCUUCCUGGUGUCUAUCGCCCUGCUCAUUAUACCCCGCAACAAUCAACUCGACCAACUCUUUAAGACUGCAGCAGCAAGUUUGACGUCGAUCGGUAAUCUGUUGGCUACUUGGUUUAUCCUCUUCCUUGUCUAUGCCAUUGCACUGACUCAGAUCUUUGGCCUGACUAAAUUCGGGGGUACCCAAACCGGGAAUAUCAACUUCAGAAGCGUGCCCAAGGCGCUCAUUCUUCUAUUCCGUAUGAGUUGUGGCGAAGGAUGGAACCAAAUCAUGGAGGACUUUGCAACUAUGGAGCCUCCAUACUGUACACUGGGAGAAAACUUCUAUAAGAGCGACUGUGGCAGUGCCGCCUGGGCACGAACAUUGCUUAUCUCGUGGAACAUUCUGAGCAUGUAUAUUUUUGUGUCUCUUUUCGUCUCGCUUAUUUUCGAGAGUUUUUCUUAUGUCUAUCAACGAAGCAGUGGCCUCUAUGCGAUCAGCAGAGAUGAAAUCCGUCGUUUCAAACAGGCUUGGUCGACGUUUGACCCGAACGGAACGGGAUUCAUUUCCAAAGAGGUUUUCCCGAGACUUUUAGGGGAACUGUCUGGCGUGUUUGAAAUGCGAAUAUAUGAAGGGGAUUUCACCGUCGGCCGCAUCCUCGAGGACUGCCGCGUCAAUGUUCGCGAGUCUGAAAUAUCCCAUUCUCGGUCUGUUGGCGAACUAGACCUGCAGAAGCUCAUGCUCCGUCUCUCCCAUCUGCCAGUUGCCGAGAUUCGUAAAAGACGUGCUCGCCUCAAUGCGUUUUACGAGGAAGUGCUCGUCUCAGCCGACCCUGAACGAGGAAUAUCUUUCACCUCAUGCCUUAUGAUACUUGCUCAUUAUAACGUUAUCACAGAUAGCAAGAGCUUGAGGUUGGAAGAAUUCCUUCGACGGCGUGCGCGUCUCCAGAGAGUAGAGGAAGCCGUCCGCCGAAACGUGGUGUUCUCAGUGCCCGAGAUAUACGUUGAGGACGAAGACGGGCCUCUGAAUGAGGACCAGUCGAGACGAGCCUCCGAGGACCGCGCGGGAUCGCAAGAAGGGUCACCUAGCAGACAUCCGCCUCGUGUGGUUCUGCCCAAGAUCGAAACCAACAUGUUCGGCGACGAGGCCCUUCGGCUCCCAUCGCCCACACAUUCUGACUGGGGGAAUUUCAACCCAUCAUUCUCCCCUCAUCUUAGCGAAGGCCCGUCGUCAUCGUUCAGUAGUGCUGGCGCCCAUGACGAAGCGGGCCAGGAACAUGGCCAUCAACGCGGUGACAGCUCCGUCAGCGUACAGAAUGUGCUGGAUUCCUUCGAUCACUCUGUGUGGGGCGAGAGUAUCAGACGCAGCUUUACCCGUCGUCGAUCGCAUGGCUCCGCAGGCGAAUAG